AAUCAAUGCAUGUAUAUGAGAGAAUUUGGUAAAAUCACAGCUGAAAUAAGAUUUAUGUUCAAGAAAGUAGAAUGUUGCUCUAGUUUGCAAGCUUCUGUCAUGGCAUUAACGAUGAACCAACUCUCAGUUUUAGCUGCAGCUUUCAUCUGCAUCUCUCUUUUCUGCUGCAGAACUGGGAUGGCUGAUGAUUAUACACCUGAAAGAGGUUAUGAGCCAGAAAAAGGCACUGAACUCCAGGAUCCAACUCAAAUUAUAGACAAAGCCUUGCUGUGUUUCAAUGAUAAAUAUGUUUACAGCAGCUGUGAAGAGUCUUACAGAUUGAAUGAGCGUGGAAAUAUGAAGGUACCUGCAGAAAAAACUGAUGAAUACUGCAAUGGUCCUUGCUUGACGGAGACACACCUUGUGCUCGAUUGUCUUGAAAACAUCAUGACCAACUUCCUGUUUUACAACAAGGCCACGAUUCAAGACGUUCGAGACACGAUUCAUGCCGGAUGCGGCCACAGCGAAGAAAGAGGUAAAUUCGAUGUGGCUGAGCACAUGAGAGCUGAAGAAAGCGAAGCACACAAGCCUGGAAACCAGAUUCUAAUUGGGAUUGUGUUGAUGAUUGCGGGGACUGGAUUACUGUACUAACCUCCAAUAUGUAUGAUGCCGUAAUUAAUUAAUUCCCAUAACACUAUAGCAUAAUAAUGUUACCAUAUAUAUGCAGGACAUAUAUUAUAUAAAAUUUCAAGAGACUUAUAGCUUAAGUAAUUAAAAGCGUUUUUUUUCUGUAUUAGAAAUUAUAUGUUAUCCUCAUCCCUAGUUCUUUCAUCGUUUGGCCAAAGACAAAUGAAGGGGCGAAUGAAUAUAAGAUUAAACUUUGAUUUGAA